AUGAAGAAGAGAUCAGUGGUGUUUGUGCUCAUCGACGGGCUAGCAGAUGUGUCACUUCAAGAACUGGAACAGAAUACACCACUAGAAUCAGCGUAUACACCUGCCAUGGAUGCCAUUGCCCAUGGCGGUUUAACGGGUCUCAUGGAUCCUGUGGAGCCUGGCUAUGCGUGUGGAAGUGAUACAGCGCACAUGUCCAUUCUAGGCUACAAUCCUAUCAUUCACUAUCGUGGCCGUGGAUCAUUUGAAGCCAUGGGUGCUGGACUUAAGAUGAGAAAAGGUGACGUCGCUUUCAAGUGUAACUUUGCCACUGUCAAGAAAAACGAAGAUGGCCAAAUAGUUGUCGAAAGGCGACGUGUGGAUCGCAACUUUAUGGCGUGGGGCACUGAACUCUGCAGUUUCCUGGAUGGACUGACCUUACCGGAAUUCCCUGACCUGGUGGUGUCUACGAAAUAUGCUACGGAACACCGCUGCGGAAUUGUUUUCAAGGGUCCAGGGCUUUGUGACAAAAUCACAGGCACUGACCCACUGACAGACAACCUCCCUCUGCUGGAAUCUAAACCACAGAACGACACCCCGGAAGCUGCAUACUCUAGUAAGGUGCUGAACGCGGUCUCUGACGCUAUUCAUGAGCGACUGUCAAAUCACCCAAUCAACAAGGCACGUGAAGCUGAAAACAAGCCACCAGCAAAUGUAGUGCUGCUACGCGGACCGGGUGAACGUAUUGAUGUGUUACCGUUUGCUGAAAAGCAUGGACUGACCCCCUUCAUGAUCGCUCCGACGUGCAUUAUCGCUGGUUUGGGGAUGUCAUUGGACAUUGAAAUUGUUACUGCCCCUGGUGCCACAGGAGACUACCACACGAACUUACGCUCCAAGGCUGAAACGGCAUUGAAAGUUUUACGGGGCGGUGAGUUUGACUUUGGCUUUGUUCACGUCAAGGCAGUCGACGAUGCUGGUCAUGACCGUGAUGUGGAGAAGAAGGUGCACUUUAUUGAGCGAGCGGAUGAAAUGAUUUCCUUACUUCUGGAAGGUAUCCACGCUGACUGCGGCGAUGAGGACAAGGAGGUGACUAUCGUUGUUACCGGUGACCACACAACGCCUGUCAAAUACGGAGACCAUACGUUUGAACCAGUACCGUUUGCUAUUACACGUGUUGGGGCCGCGCACGAUAGAUUGCAGCUCUUUAAUAAUUCUGGGGUGCAGACGAGUGGUGACAAUCUAUCAUCCAGCCCAUUGACGGACAUGGUAACUCGAUUCUCUGAACUGGCUGUUGCACGUGGUGCCCUUGGUCGUUUUGCCGGUGACCAGGUCAUGAAGCUCGUUAAAAGCUUCCGCGAAUACGAAGUAUAG